GAUGGAGGGAGACCGGGCCGGGAGGCUGUGUCAGGCUGGGCCCGCGGGCCUCGGCGGGGCCGAGCGGAAGGGAGGACGGCGGUGGGGACCGUGCCCUGUCUUCCGCCCCGCCCCUCGGGACCACCUCCAUUCCCCCCUGCUGCCCGGCGGCGGCUGCCUGGCCCCGGUCUGGUAGGCGGGCUCACGGAGGCCGCCCUUUCAGCUCUCCGGUCUCCCGACCCGCGGAGAGGCCGUCUCCCCGCGGUCACAGAGGGGCCACCUCUGCACCCCACUCUACUUUUCCAAAGAGAGAAGGCCGGCUGGGAUCCCGGGAGUUUCCCGCCAGCGCAGGGUCCCCGGGAGGAAGAGCUCUUCUCAACGAGGAAGUUGAGCUGUCGCUCCCACCGGCUUCACCGCUCUUCUUCCUUGAAACCCGUGUGCUACUUCUCGCCUACCGGGUCUCACGUAAAACAAUUCUCCAACUCUUUUUUUUUACCCUGUGAUAUUUCCCUGGGAUGUGAUCUUGCUAGAGCCACCGCCAGAGAGAAACGUCUGGACCCUUCUGCACAGGUUAUGAAAGCCCGCCCCCUUAACUGCCGCCGUCCUUACCUGGCUCAUCGCCUCUUGGAUUCUGUGUCUUUACUAAAGCCAGUGAUGUGAAGAGACCUGAAAUGGAUGACACAGCUGACGGGGUGAAGAUGGACGCUGGGGAGGUGACCUUAAUGAACCACAGCUCCACCUUCAGAACCCACCUCCUGUCACAAUCAGGCUUUCCGGAGGAGCAGCUUUUGCUUUCUGACCAGCAGAACCUGCCUUUCAGGCCGGGGACUUUAGACGGAGCUUUCAGGUGUUCUGCAAGAAGUGCAGCCUGUCGUCCAGAUUAUCACUCAGAUAACCCUUCCUCAGACAGUUUCCUUGGCUCAGGUGACAUAAGAACCUUUGGUCAAAGUGCAAAUGGACAAUGGAGAAAUUCCACUCCAGCGUCAGGUUCAACGUUACAAAAACCAAGAAAUAGCCGAAGUCUUUACCUCGAAACCCGGAAGACCUCAAGUGGAUUGUCAAACACCUUUGUGGGCAAGUCCAGUCACCACUGCCACAUGUCUGCGUAUGAAAAGUCAUUUCCCAUUAAGCCUGCCCCAAGUCCAUCCUGGAGUGGGUCAUGUCGUCGGAGUCUUUUAAGCCCUAAGAAAACUCAGAGGAGGCAUUUCAGCACAGCAGAAGAGACAGUUCAAGAAGAAGAGAAGGAGAUCUACAGACAGCUGCUGCAGAUGGUCACAGGGAAGCAGUUCUGUGUAGCCAAGCCCACCACACAUUUUCCCUUACACCUGUCUCGGUGUCUUAAUUCCAAUAAGAACUCUUUGAAAGACUCGCUGUUGAGAAACGGAAACUCUUGUGCAUCUCAUUUCAUUGGUUCUGAUACGUCAUCCUCUGGAUCUGCCAGCAUUUUAACUGCACAGGAGCAGUUGCCCCACAGUGCACAUUCCCUGUCAUCUGGUACCCCAGAUGUUGCCUUUGGAUCCCAAAACUCUGAUCCUCCCCGUCACCUCGCUGCACCUCAUCAGCCAAAUAGCUUACCAGCAUCAAGUACACAGUCCGAAGGGUCAGACUCUGUGAUUUUACUUAAAGUGAAAGAAUCUCAGACUCCAGCUUCCAGAUACCUCAGUCCAUUGAAGAGACGUUAUUGCCCCUACAUUAUUCCUUAUUCAGCAGUCAUGGAUCUGCUCUCUAGCAGUCCUACGUUCUUCCAGGCAGAGCUAUGGAUCAAAGAAUUAACUAGUGUUUAUGAUUCUCGAGCUCGGGAAAGAUUGCGCCGGAUUGAAGAACAGAAAGCCUUAGCACUACAGCUUCAAAACCAGAGAUUGCAGGAGCAGGAACAUGCAGUACUUGAUUCCAUAGAACUUCACCUUCGUGUACCUCUUGAAAAGGAGAUUCCUGUCACAGCUGCCCAAGAAACCAGGAAAAAAAGUCACCAACUGACUGAUAGUGAAGACGAAUUUCCUGAAAUUACAGAGGAAAUGGAAAAAGAAAUAAAGAAUGUAUUUCGUAACGGUAACCAGGAUGAAGUCCUCAGUGAGGCAUUCCGCUUGACCAUUACACGCAAAGACAUUCAGACUCUAAACCAUCUAAACUGGCUCAAUGAUGAGAUCAUCAAUUUCUACAUGAAUAUGCUAAUGGAACGCAGUAAAGAGAAGGGAUUUCCAAGUGUACAUGCGUUUAAUACCUUCUUCUUCACUAAGCUAAAAACAGCUGGUUAUCAGGCAGUGAAACGUUGGACAAAGAAAGUGGAUGUGUUUUCCGUUGACAUUCUUCUGGUGCCCAUUCACUUGGGUGUGCACUGGUGUCUAGCUGUUGUAGACUUUAGAAAGAAGAGCAUCACCUACUAUGAUUCUAUGGGUGGAAUAAACAAUGAGGCCUGCAGGAUCCUCUUGCAAUACCUAAAACAAGAAAGUGUUGACAAGAAAAGGAAAGAGUUUGACACCAACGGCUGGCAGCUCUUCAGCAAGAAGAGCCAGGAAAUCCCACAGCAGAUGAAUGGAAGUGACUGUGGAAUGUUUGCUUGCAAAUAUGCUGACUGCAUUACCAAAGACAGACCAAUCAACUUCACACAGCAACACAUGCCAUAUUUCCGGAAGCGAAUGGUCUGGGAGAUCCUCCACCGGAAGCUCUUGUGAAGACCUGUCUCAGUGAGCAGACACUGAGCGUUUGGGGGACCAGCCUUUGCCAUCAACAGCCAGAGACCGUGGAAAGAGCUGCUCCUAACCCCCUGUUCCUGUACAGCCCUUGAUCCUGGACCAGACCAGGCAAGAUGCAUUCACAAGCACAUCUGCCUUCCCUUUUGUAGCUCAGAUACUAUUUUUGCAAAGAAACUUUGGUGCUGUGAAAGGGGUGAGGGACAUCCCUCCUGAAGAGAGACUGCUUUUCACUUCAGUUCUGCCGUCUUGUUUUCCAAGGGCUCCAGCUCACUGAGUCCCUCAUUAGGAGCCCAAGGAAGUCUCGGGAAGAAUCUCGGUUUCCUAUAAGUCCUUGUUGCUAGGCCUUACCGAGAAGCAGGAAAGGGCAUGGGCAGCAGGUAGGGAUAAAACCACCAGCAUGUAGGCAUACACACAUCCCCAAGCCGCAGAGUCGGGAAUGGAACUGCUUAAGUCCCCUCCUCCAGAACCUUCCUGUUUAUGUGCCCUCCAUGAAGCCGACUGCUUCUCCUCAAAGCUGUUUCUUCACUGGUAGAGUCAUCCCAUCCUGAGCACACUGCACAAGCCCCAGCAGACCCUAAAGUCUCGAGCAGUCCGUUCCUUACAAGCAGGGUUGCAUGUGCGAACACGCACGUGCUGUGGGAGGGCCCACCCAGAAGUAUUGAGUGCAGCAGCGAGGCCCCAGCUUCACUGCUGCCUGCUUCUGACCAAGAAGAAGGACCUCGGCGGUUAGCAUCACGUACCAGAAUUGGAUGAAUACAGGUCUAGGUGGUCUGUGGCUAGUUAAUUUAAAUAUGUUUCUAGCCACAGAGAAUUUUAUAUACAUAUAUACCUAUAUGUGUGUAUACAUACAUACAUAUUUAUAUAUACACACAUACAAUGUGAAAUAUAUAUUUCACAGGGAUAUGCUUUUAAAAGUAAAAAAAAAAAAAAAAAAAAAAGACUGAAUGUGUUUACCAUUUAGUCUGUAGGUUUAUUUUCAUCUUUCAAAUUCCAGCACACAGUGAUCCCAGCAAGCCCUGUGUAUCGGGCCUUUUUAGAUUUCCUAAGAGUAUUUUCAGAUCUGGAUGAAUCUGGUUUAGGAGUAAAGGUUAUUAAGGUAAAUGACGCUGUCAGCUAAAGACUGGGUGAAUUAGACAGAUAAACUUGAGGUUUUUAAACUGCUCUUUCUUGUUGUUUGUAGCACCUCUCCCACUGCCCCUCGCAGAGCUCCUGAGGUGAGAUAGUGAGGGGACACAGUGCCAGUGUCGUUUUGUACUUAAGUUCCACAACAGGGACGUUUUUCUACUUGUGUAUGGUGGCCGGUCGUUUUCUAUGCAGUCUUCUCCCCGCUUUCCCUGUGCCCAGCCCUUCCAGCACUGUGCUCUCUCUCCUUGGGCUUAUUUGGAAAUUUUACUCUGUUUUAUACCAAUCUUGUUUAGUACAUUUUUCUAUGUUUUACCACAAGUUACAAUUUGAAAACAACAACUAUUUUUUUUACUCCUCCAUUGUUAAAUGAAUGUUCCCGUCUCCACUCCAGCAGCCUGUGACCCUCUUGCCUCCCCCCCUGCAUGUUGGGGGACGAGGGCCUGCUGUACAUGUGUGUCUCCUUCUCUCGCUGCUUCUCCUGCCUCCCUCUUCCUCCUCUCUCUUUCUCUUGAUUUUCCAUAGGAAAUAAAUAGCUUUCUAUAUAUGAGUUGCCGGGCCCUUUCACAUUCUCUUUUAGAAAACUGGCGUGCGGACUCAGCAGAGGACUCAAGGAUGUUGUCUGCUUCUUGGUCCUUACUGGAUUUAAGUGACAGCUUACACGGUGGCAGUGUGACUACUUAGUCUAAAGGCAUGCCGCUCAGGCUUUUCUCACUGUUGUCUGGGGCUCAUCACAGGAUGCUUUUGUGUGUUUAUUGUUUGUUCCUUUAGACAAUAUCUAUUUUAUCUUCCUCAGAGACUUUUUGUAUGGACCAAAGCAACAAAUAUUUAUUGCCAUGAGUAGAAGAAUAUGAGACAUGCAACAAAAGCACUUUGUAAAAUAUGUAGAAUUGUUGAGCCAGUCUGAAGUUGACUCCCUUCUCCAAUGCAGUUUACAUGUACCAGGUAAAAGCUAGUGAUCCUAAGACCACUGCCUACCCCAGGAGCAAGAGGGAUAAGUCAGACUGUCAUGGGAUGGCUUAAUGGGAACCAAGUACAGACUUGUAUAGUAGAUGGUUCUUAGAGCCAGCCAACAGGAGCAGGACAAGUAUUGGAAACUUCAGUUCAAGAGUGAACUUUGAUGACCAAGACUGAAGCUGUUUGUGUAUUUCAUGGCCAAGGGUAUGCUACCAGUAUCUUGUUUAACCUGAUUUAAACAGACUGUGCCUGUUUUCCAUCUCUCUCCCCCCGUGUUCCAUGCUGAUAACCAUCUCCUCCCCUAUGAAAGGAAUACGUGAAGGAUGAUAACACGGCAGUUACAGACUCUUCAACAAAACCCACAGUCCUCCAGCAGUCAUCCCUGGAGUGUACCCGAGAAAAGGAGACUAACGUGUGCUGAUGUAUGGAAGCUGGCUACAGCCGCUUGAUCACUUGAGACCCACUGUGACUCCCAGGGGUCCUGUGUAGGGUUCAGUGUGAAUACUUGCGCAUAGACAGCCUAGAAACUCGCUGUUAGUUCCCUCUUCUGUGUGUGAGGAGUAUGUCCUCCUCUUCUUUACACUGCCCUCAGCACUGCUUUAGCAUUUAGUGGUUCAAGGGGACAGCAGAUCACCACCACCUGGCUUUUACACCCAUGGUACGAUCAGUCGUUGCUGGAUGGAGAGAGGGGGGAUCCAUUAAAGAGCUGCUUUUUUAAAUCUUAACCUUUGAUCUUUCUGUGUCAUCCUGCAAGCUCUGAAAGAAGGUCAGAGUAAAAAACAGCGAACAUUGUGUAGUUUGGUUCUGUCUUCCCUUGCUCUACCCUCAUGCCCGAUGCCAGGUGGAGUGAGGUGCUCUGCACUAAUGUUGAAGGUCAGUGUCAGCUCCGCCUUGGUCGUAGCAUUAAGGCUGCACGAGCCUUGCUAAAUGUAGCAUGCCUAGAUGUGCGCUGGCCUUCUGUCUGAGCCGAGGGAUGGCUGAUGAUGAUGUGAUGAUGCUAGGAACUGCCUUCUCCUUGACAGAGCCAGUUGCUAGGAAGGGCAAAUGUGGAAGAAUGGUCACCAAGAGCACAGGCUCCAUUCUGCUCAGGCAUUCAGUCUUGUCCCUGUCAAAGUACCCACUCAGUGUGUGUGCACCCAGGGCUGAUUAAAGCUCUCCCUGGUCAUACUACCUUAAAAUCUCUUGUCUGGGCUUCUGUAGUCCUGAUGACGGAAUGGCCUAACUUCUCCCUGUUUGCCUUGUCAUCUGCCUUUCUCAUAGGGAGGCACAGCAUGGAGAUGCCCAGGCCAGGAGGCUGGGUUGGUGCUCUUUUUCUAGCCAAGCUUGCAGGCGUCUGUAUUCUCGUCUGAAAAGAACAAGGCAGGGCCCGUUCUCUGAAACUUUCUUAAGAAGAAUAGUGUUGUGAGGGUGUGAGGAGAAUUGGUUAUUUGUCAUAACUUCCAAACACUGUAGGCUCAGAGCAGCCGUUCUGACCUCAAACGGGGCUCUUUAACAGAAGCACCGUCCUCAUCAGUUGGGCAUGUUGCCAUUUGGGGCUCUCGGGCUACACCCCAAGAGGCUUAUCAGAACAUCUUUUUAACCCUUUAGGUAGGUUCCUCCUCCGUCCUUUUUAUUGACAGGGAUAUCCCUUGCACAUUCAGAUGAUGGGUUCCUUUCUCUUUGUCUUAUCUUGUAAAGGCACUGCCUCACCUGUAACUCACAGGGAAUCCUCUGUCUGAAGACUUCAUAAGUGUGAGGCCAAGCCCUGGACUUGGGAGCCCUGGGGGGUGAGAAAGGUGGGUUAACAAAGGAAGUAAAAGCCACCUGUCCUCAGGGUCUUACAGUCUGUAAGUUUAUAGUUUGCUUGAUUUGGAAGGCUAAGCAAACACAGAUACACCUUGUCAAGAAAGAAUACAGGCUCAUUAGCACAUAGUUGAGAAUGAAGCUGGAGUUGAGGAAAGGACUGAGGUGUGAUGUGUCAGGGAUGAUGUCCCCUUUAUCUGUAUAUGUGACUCCCUAGGUUUUUAAAAAUUGAUUUAUUUAAAAUAAAUUCUGUGGAUUUUGCUU